AUGCAACUGGGGUUGAACAAGAGGAAGACUCUGUUCCCUUCGUGGACAGUAACGGAAAGAGGUGGUGGCCAGCUCAUAUACCAAGGAGAAUUGGUUCAGCAUGGAGUCCCCUUAUUUUCUGCCACUGCUUGCCACUCUACAGAUAUUUUUCCUGUGCGGGUCACCUGCAGACCUUCCUGCACCCCCCAACAUCUUUGUGAGCCCAGAGAAAAUGGAAUAUCUCAUUGGAGAUGCUGUCUCCUUCCGAUGUGAGGCUCCCUCUUCAAAGGCCAAGGUACAGGGCUUUCAGUUCUCAGGGACAGCUGGAUGGGCUGUGGAUAUUCGGACCUUCAGGAAAGCCUACACCUACAGCUUCAAUAUCACAGGGCCAAAGGAUGGUGGGUCACACACAUGCAGAUAUACCGUAACAGACCGGCUCCUCAGACCAGUCCGGUCUAAGGAAAGCAAAGCGAUCAUCAUCAAUGUUAAAGACCCCCCACUGCCUCCCAUGCUGUCUCUGAACACUUCCAGUGGAGUUGUGAGUGAGGGCUACCCUCUUCUCUUCAUCUGCAUGGCUCCUGGAAACACAGUGGAGCGUAGGUUUCACUUCUACAAAGAAGGAGCUGAGGUCAUCCCUGGAGCUGAGGUCAACUCAUCAGAGACGAGUGCUCAACUCUGCAUCCCACAGAGCAGUCAGAAUCACACGGGGAAUUUUACUUGUGCCUAUGAGGAGGAAGUAGAGGGGCGUUGGAUCUUGUCCUUUGUGAGCAGUAUUGUGACUGUCUUUGUGAAAGAGCCUCCUUUUGCUCCUGAACUGGGAGUGGAUCCUUCCUCUGCUGUGGUGACUGAAGGCUACCCCUUACGUCUCACCUGCAUUGCCUUCAGGGAUGACUCGAGGCUGAGAUUUCACUUCUACAGGGAUGGGGUCGAGAUCCCACCAGGACAGGCAGGCUCAGAGACUACUGCCAUGAACCCUGGGAAUUUCACUGAGCUGCUGUUCCCGCAGACUCCAAGGAGGUUCAGUGGGAAAUUCACUUGUGGAUUUGAGGAGGAUGUGGACGGGACAUGGGUGCCAUCACCCCAGAGCAAGGUUCUGGAGGUCACUGUGAAGGAUCCCCCUGCUCAGCCAGAUCUGAUCUUGAACCCCGCAUCUGGAGAAGUAAGGGAAGGGGACCCUUUACUUAUCACUUGUGUAGCCUACGGCACUAGUGGUGAAUGGAAGUUUUACUUCUAUAAAGAUGGGACAGAACAAUUCUCAGAGGCUUGCACAAGGACCCGCUCUUUCUUCAGCAUCCCAGCAGCCAAACCAACUGUGACAGGGCAAUUCACCUGCAGGUAUGAGGAGAGAGUCAGUGGGAAGUGGAUCCCAUCACCCCUGAGCCAGGCAAUGAUGGUUACCAUGCACGCCUCAUCUCUACCCAUCCCAUUGGUGACUGGAUGUGCAGCUGCUGCAGCUGCUCUGGUCGUGGUGUUGCUGCUGGCUGCCUUUAUCUGCCAGAGGAGGAGAGGCCAUGUUCACUGGAAGGGGCUCCACAACAAAGAUGACACAAGUGCUUAUCCUCUGGCCCUGGUCAGUUAAACUGGUAUAUGAUCUCAGGAGUGCUUGGCCCACGUCUUUGCUCAAAAAAUGCACUCACUUUCAGCCUCUUCUCCACCUCAGAGGAGCAAGAAAGAAGGAAGAAAAUAAAAUGAUUGUUUCUAUUAUCCUUUGCUUUGAACAUUCAAACCAGCGUUCACUUUGUAAAUGCCCCUGUCCAGUUGGUCAGUAAAUCUGUUUUCAAGCCCA